UUCGCGCAGACAACAUCUGACUCGUGUAAGAGAGCACGACAGUCGAACUCUUGUUCCACUGCUAUGAUGAUUUUGACGUUGCAGAAUUAAAAAGGAAUGGAAAAGAAGCUUUGUUGGUGGGUGAAAGAAACUCAGCAGAAGCAGCUUGUAAUGGAAGAAUGAUCCUUCCAUAAUCAUCAUCCCUUCCUUAAUCCUCCAUGCCCGAAAUUGGUGACGCUUUUACAGAACUAAAAUCCUCUGUUUCUUCCGAACGCCGCCGUGGUUUCUUUUUCCGACAACCUCCGGCUGUGAUUUUAUUUAUGUGAAAAUUCUACUCUACGAAUGGAGAAGGAGAAAGAAAACGGCUGUUCGCCGGACACGGUGCUGGAGGACUUCUUACGAACGGCCGAAUCUGAAACGGAAUCAUCGAAGGCGAGCACUUCGGAAUCCGAAGCGAAGGUCGAUCCGAAACCGCCUUCUCGAUGGUCCGAAUUUUUCGAUUUGUUGAGGUUCAAAUCGAGGAGGAAACUAACCUCGCUGCAUCAUCCUCUCCAUGCCCUAAAAUUAUCGAAGCGAUUCGGCGGCAGCAUGAGGGAGGAGCGCAGCGGUGGUGCGAAUCCGCUAAUCGACGCCAAUCUGAGCUAUUUCAAACCUCAGUGGAAGAACUUCACCUUGUCCGAACUCCAAGCCGCCACCAGCAACUUCUGCCAAGGUUAUCUGAUAGGGAAAGGAGGCUAUGCAGAAGUAUACAGAGGGCGUCUCCGAAGCGGGCAGCUCGUGGCCAUCAAACGUUUGACGAAAGGCCCCAUGGAAGAACGAAUUGGGGAUUUUCUAACAGAGCUCGGAAUUAUGGCACAUGUGAAUCAUCCCAACACUGCUAAGCUCAUCGGCUAUGGCGUCGAAGGCGGAAUGUACUUUGUUCUCGAGUUCUCCCCUGUCGGCAGCCUGGCCUCGAUGCUUCACAGUUCGCGGGAGAAGGUUGUGUGGGAUGUCCGGUAUAAGGUUGCCGUGGGGAUCGCCAAAGGGCUGCUGUAUCUUCACGAGGGAUGUCAACGGAGGAUCGUUCAUAGAGACAUCAAGGCUGCCAACAUAUUGCUUACACAUGAUUUCGAGCCGCAGAUAUGUGAUUUCGGGCUAGCAAAGUGGUUGCCGCAUCAAUGGACUCAUGUUACCGUUUCGAAGUUUGAAGGAACUUUCGGUUAUUUAGCGCCCGAGUACUUGAUGCAUGGAAUAGUCGACGAAAAGACCGAUGUCUUCUCCUUCGGCGUGCUGCUGCUGGAGCUUAUUACGGGGCGUAGAGCCCUCGACUACUCGCAACAAAGCCUCGUUAUGUGGGCGAAGCCGCUCUUGAAGAAGAACCGUAUCCGGGAGCUCAUCGAUCCAACCCUCGCCGAAAACUACGACGCAACUCAGAUGAACCUAAUGGUUCUCACUGCUUCAUUGUGCGUGCAGCAGUCGUCGAUCAAAAGGCCUCGGAUGAGUCAGGUUCUUCUUCUUCUACGAGGGAGCUGUGGCAGCCUCGACAUGAUCAAGAAUUGCAAGAAACUAUCGAGCUGGAAGAAGUACUACAAGGAGCUCUUCAGUGCUGAGAAAUACAGCUUCACCAGAGGCUUCAAUGGCUUGACUCUCAGAACUCACAUGUCCAUGGAAGCUUGAUUUUCGGACAGUUUAUGGAUCUUCCAUUAUACAUAGCAUAGAAUCGGGUCGGGUCGGGUUCAAUAAUCGGGUCCUGGACCAAUUGAUAUUGUAUCUAAAUCUCCCUUUUUUUUUCUCCUAUUCGCACAACCUCAAAAUAUAAAUCAUAAGCAUUUGGUUACUUUUAGAAGAAUUUGGGUCACGCUUCCACGGUAUGAAAUGAAUAACGCUUAUAGGGUGUUUUUACUUGUAUUUUGAAUACUGAAUUGAAAUAGUUAUUUAAUAUGAUAUAAAUAUGUAUUAAUGUGAUAUUUUAAAUGUAAAAUUAAAUUUUAGUGUAAUAAACUAAAUAAAAAUUAAAUAUU